AUGACGAAUUCGAGCAACGAGGACCCCUUCGAGCGCCUUCCAGACGACGUCGUCCUCUCAAUCUUCGACAGGCUGCAGGACGCCCGGUCCCUCUGCCUCUCCAUGGCCGUCUGCACGCGCUUUCGCGCCAUCGCUCCUCAGGUCUUCCACAUCUCCCUCCCUGUCCCCCGCAGGAAACCCACCCCGCCCAAACAACCCCACCGGAGGACGGCUUCCCUCCAGAGCCUCAUCGCCGGAGCCCUCACCCGGCCCAUCCAAUUCAUCUCCCGGAUGAUCCGACCCGUGUCCAGGGACGCCGCGGAGAAGAUCGGCGACCUCGAAUACUACUCCCGCCGCCUCCCCGGCCUCAUCCUCCCCCGCUUCCACCAGAUCCGGACCCUCCGCCUCCGUCUGCCUUGCAACGGCUACCACAAACCCGACCCGAAACCAUCCAAAUCCGGCGGCCACGAGGCCCUUCUGAAGUGGACGGCCGAUUUCGGGCGGGAGAUCCGCGGCUGCGUGGUCCUCGGCGCGCGGCGGUGGUUCCCGGUUGGCAGAGGGCCGUCCGGGCCGUCGGAAACGGAGGCCCGGUCGCUGGGGGACGACGAACUGAAGCUGCGGAUUGUGUGGACGAUAUCGUGCUUGAUAGCGGCUUCGGCGAGGCACUAUCUGGUGCAGGAGACGGUGCGGGGGCUGGAGAGGGUGGAGCGCGUGGAGGUCACGGACGAGAGCGGGCAGGGGAGGCUGUGGAUGGGCUUCAAGGAAGCUCAUGGGGGCUAA